AUGAUUCUCCAUGAACCAACGGAAGAUUUUCAAAAUACAAUUAAUACAUUUCUCACAGUGUCAAAAUCCAGAUCAGAAAAUGAAGGAAGUUUAGAAUUUGAUAAUCAUUUAAAAAAGUUUAAUUCACAAGUAAUAUUUACCGGAAAUCAAAAGGGUGGUGAAUUUGGAUUAGUAUUUUGUGAUAAACAACCAGAUUUUACAUGGUCAAUGAAUGAACAAUUCCAUCCAUGGGCUAUUAUCACAAUAAUCGAAAAGAAAAAGAAUGUUUUAACAAGAAAUGAAAUAUCACAAAUGUUAGAAUAUCUAAGAAUGAUUAUUCAAAUAUCUCCUGAACGAAAUUAUGCAGUUGGAUGUUUAACUAAUUAUAAAGAGAUUGUUUUUGGUAAAACAUCAAUAGUAAACGAUAAAUUUAUUUACGAAGUAUUUAAAUCAAAAAAUAUUAUUAAAGAAUAUUGGAAAUUUCUUCAUUGUAAUCCAUCUCAUUUGGGUCAUGUCAAAUUUUCUAUUCCAAAUAAUUUUUAUGUUAAAUUAUCAUUGGGAAGAGGUGCAAAUGGUAUAGUUUAUCAAAUUGAACAUGAAAAUAUUCAAUAUGCCAUGAAAAUUUCAAAUAAAACAUCAACAAAAGAAUAUGAAAUAGCUGAAAAAAUGAACAAUUACAUAAAUGAACAUUCAUUAUCAGAUAUUAAAAUAAUACAUAUGUUUAAUAUUCAAGGCUUUAUUUUAUCAAGACCAGUUGGAAAAUUAAUGNACAUGUCAACUACUAUGGCAAAUGGAACGCGACACAGACAGUAUUGA